AUGGAAGGCUCCCAUCUGCACUUUGGCAUGUUUCCUCCAGCCUUUCCGACAACGCCUGCAACCUACUAUCCGCAGCCUAUCACUCCCGCCAAACGCGAGGAUGACGAUGUUCAAUUCGUAUCCUCCAACCCUGUCAAGAGAAGGAGGAUCGACGGUCAUCAGACCACUCCACAGUCCAUCACGAGCUCGCCACAUACAAGGCAGCUUGCACCCAGCAGCCAUCAGCCACUGGAGCCCGCCAAGUUGAUUGUUCAACCGGAAAGACGGGGGAGCACUGGCAUGGUUGAUCCCAUCGUGGCGACCCAUAUGCCUGACAUGGACCCGACGAGAGGAUGUUCCGUACCGACACCGGAGAGAUCUGGCUACCAGGAGUCAUUCUGGACCGCACCGUGCACCGGCCCACAAAGUUCACCGCCAGUGUCACCGAAAUCAUUCCCAGAGCAAGUCUCAUCGUCGAUGCUUCGGACGGACAAGAGCGAUGAGCCUGCUGCACAUGGGCACCUGGGCGGAAACCAUGCCGCCGCCGCCGGUUGGCCCGGACCGGCCCAGCCGAUUGCUACCCCAACUCAAGGCCCUCGGCCGUCGGCAACGAGAGAUCAAGGUACGCCAAGUCAAGUGCAGCCAGAGAACCAGAACCACACUGAGACUUCAAAGGACAUGGCGUCGAUGACUUAUGCUUCCCCGGUUCCAGCCGGCGUUGCUAAGCCGGAGAGGACCGCCUCUACCGUCAAUGUGGUACCGAUAGUAAAUGCCAUGAUUACGCCUUGGCAACACACCGCCGAAGUGCCUGUCUCGGACCACUCUUGCACUGGCACUGAGACGGAGCAUGCCGCAUUUGCUCCUUCAUUCCAACAGCAUACGAAGAGCAGCUGUUCAAAAGCUACCGUUGCCCAGUUCCAACCUUACGUUGGACACUCUACACCUUCUUCAAGUCCGUUAACUUUAGCUGCCCACGUUGGGUCUCAUGGUGCGAUGGAUACGCAGGCCGGCACUUGCAGCGGCCGUCCUGCAUCAGGGACAGCAAAAGGCCCAUGCCGGCAGUGUAUGGAGGCAAGGAUGAGGCAGCAAGCUGCUAACAUGGCCGUUGCUGCCAGUAUCCUUCCUUCUGUUCCGAAGGCGCCAACGUCAAGCCAAACUUCCGCACCGCCAUCCACGCUUCAACAACCCUGGGCACACCUUUUGGGGCUCAAUCCGUAUCACAACGUCAUGGCUGGAGCUAUGUACGGCCCUCUCCUUCAACAGCCUCUAGUGAAUGGGCCAAACGGCCCCUUUGCCAUUCCUUCACAACAGUCACACCUGCCUCCUGGACUCCCUCCACACCAGUCAGCAGGGAACAUGUUUCAUUUCGGAUCUGCACCCCCCAUGCAGCAAACGCAAGCAUAUGUUACGCAGCAACCGCCAGUCAAAGCGAUCAAAGCAGCUCCCGCAAGCUCAAAGCCGCAAACAUCGAGAAUCCCCGACACGCAACUAACGACAAAACACAUUGUCGUUGAUAUUGCCGACACGUGUCUCGACAUCUUUCCCUUUGCCGAGGUGGCGAAACGGCACAAUCAGCCGGAGCAAAAAGUCAGGGACAUCUUCGCCGCCGUCAUACAGGUGCCUCUGCUUCGCUGUCCCACGGACAAGAGGCGAGCCGGCAAGCUAGGUACCGCUCGGGUCAAGGAAUUCAACCAGGCGAAGAAGGAGAUGCAGGCGCAACAAGGCAACACGGGUCAGGCGCGCCAGGAGUCUCCGAACCAGAUGACUUACCCGUCGUCUGCUUGGGACAUUGCGCAGUUCAUGGGCGCGAGCGACGUACGACUCGGUGGGCUCACGCAGUAUUCGGGUCCGUGGUCAUGA